AUGGCACCGCGUCGGCGAGAAAUCCCCGCCGAGGGCUCGUGGCGCCUCGUCGACGGUGAAAACGACAGUUUCGACACAAGCAUUAUUGAUCCUCUGCCCGGGGAUGACUUCAGCCCUCCGUCAAGCGCCAUGCCCUCUUCCGGGUUCCCCACCCAGGAAUCCUUUUCCCAGAGUCAGAACAACAUGAGCUUCGCAUCUCAGGACAGCAUCCGCGACUUUGCCAAUUUCCAGAACGACGAAGACGUCAUCUUGCGACAGCCUUUCCGCCCCACGCUUCCCUCGAGUGCUGCCACUUCGAUGCAGCGUGCUUCAUAUCCGCAGCCCGAGCUGCAACUCCGAAUGCCUCUCGUUAAAGCCAACAAUCUCGUUGCGAGCGAAGCCUCACGGACCGCCAGAACCACCGAUGAUGAUAGCGAGGAGGGCAGUGUGUGGGAUUCUGAGCAGGAACAGGCUCCUGACAAUUGGCACGAAGAGUCGGAAAAAGAAUAUGCCAGGCUUUUGAAGGAGCAAAACGAGGCUUCGGUUAAUUGGGGCCACACCAAGCCAGGCUCAUCAGCAUCCAGCCCCUCCUGGCAACUGCUUCAAAUCUUCCGCUACACAAUAAUACCCGUCGCAAUCGUCCUUGUUGCAUAUCUCUUUCAUAUCAAUGGCGUCUCUGUCCAAGACGCCCGCGACAAGGUCCAAUCAUUCUCAUUUACAUCUCUGCAGGAUAUUACAGGUGUUUCCAACUUCCAAAUUCCAUUCUUCGAGGCCGAGACAUCUCACCGUGCCGCUGCUUCUUCAAUCGACUUCACAAGUCUUAUGGAGGUUCAAUCUGGGUUUGAGAGUGUGCUCGAUAAGAGCGCGUAUGGCCUCACCAUGCCUCUUGAACUCAAGAGUUCAGAGAUGGCUACCCGAAACCUAAGGGCUCUCCUCAAGGAGACCGAAAUCGCGGCUAGAGAAGAUUUCAUUUUGGAGCUCAAUGGUUAUAUUGAAAAAGCUGGCCGAGCAGGCUCGGAUUUGCAGACAUUUUAUAUCCACAUUGGCUCAACCGUCGACUCCAUCAUUAAUAUCAAUCGCUGGACCCUGCGCCACAUCAAUUCCCUAUCUAUGGAACCCGAGACACCCUCACUACCUCCAGUCAUAGCCUGGGCCAUCCGACCGCUGAGUCUAUUCAGAUCAUCAGAACAGGCUGGAAACGAUCAGGCCCUGUUGGAUAAAUACUCUGAGCACAUCACUCUCGUUCAAGAUCGGCUAGGGAAACUCCUCGAUGAAGGGAAGGCCCUCUUAUUACUCCUCCACCAGAGCCAGAGCCAGCUAGGCGUAAUUAAUGAACAAGCCAAACAACUUCCUGGAGCGGGGAGUGCCAAACCCGACUCACUGCUCUCGACUAUCUGGGCCUAUAUCGGGAGCUUCAUGGAGGAGCCACGCAAUUUCGACGAGCAGAUUGUGCUGCUGAAGAAGGUGGACGCGCAGUAUGCAAACACCAUUUCUCAUCUCGUGUCCCUAAUUGAGGAGCUCAAGGACAUCCAGCUGUAUCUGGGGGAUUUGCUCAAACGAAACGAUGACUCUUCCGAUAUUUGGGAAGAGGGGCCUGGAGCGCUGGGUCAAACGACGUUGAGUGAGCAGUAUGACAUUAUCAAGAAUGCCGUGGAAAGGCUUGAACAGGCCAGAAAGAGAACCACGGAGGGCGAGGCAGAGAACAAGACACCAAGCGAAGCAGAGCUCGAAACACCGAGUGAAGCGGAGACUGAGACACCGAGUGAGACAGAGCACGAGACGUCCGGCGAAACGCACGCCGAGACGAGCAACGAUAACUGA